ACUCACAUUUCAGUUUGUUUUUUUAUAAAACACACACACACCAAAUACUACAUUCUGUCGGCUUUGUCCGAGGGUAAAAUAUUCUCGAUUUUCUGAGUCUUUUUUUUUAAAUCAUUGUCACCAUAAUUUGGAUUCCGUAUUCGGCAGCGCGAUAGACGACUGGACUUCUGCCACACAGUUUUGAGGACUGGGGUUCAAAUCCCUGCCCCGCCAGUGUAGCGUUUGCAUGUUCUUGUGCCUAUGUAGGUUUUUCAAGGCUUUAAACGAUCCGAAUUUUAGAGGCCGAUCAGUGAGUUUAAAAAAGAGGUCCGAUCACAAGAUGAAGCAAUGACUGUAAUUAAGGAAAUGACUUUUUAUACAAGGGUUGCUUGAGAAAGUGUUGUGAUCGUCGUGUGAAAAUGUGUGCAAGAAUGACAGGAGAGUACAAGGAAGAAGUUUGUGGACCAAAAAUGGAGGAGGAGCCACAAUGUCAACUUCAGGACGCUGUGUUUAAUCUGCAGCCUCGAAUUGUCCUAUGCAGAGCAGAUGUCACUGAAAACCUUCAUCCAGAGCAGCAGCAGUCAGUGUCCCGUCACACCAAAGAGGAAGAGGAGGGUGAAGGGGUUCAACACAUCAAAGAGGAGGAGGAAGAGUUUCUACACAUGAAAGAGGAAGAGCAGGAAGAACUCAUCCAGGUUCCAUCUACUGUUAUCUGUUUGAAGAGUGAAGUUAGUCAAAGUGAGGAGAGACGGGGGGCGGAGCCUCUAAGCGGAAACAGUUCAAGUGAUGGAGACCACAGUGAAGCAUCACAAACAGAUUAUGAUGAUGAUAACGAACAGUUGGAAGGUGAUAUGACAUGUCACGCUGCCAACAAAUGCUGGAAAUGUUCUCAGUGUCAGAAAACCUUUGCUUCUCAGAGCAAUUUAAAAAACCACAUGAAAAUACACACAGGUGAGAAGCCUUUUACAUGCUCAGUUUGUGGUCAAAGAUUCUUUCGGAAGCAAGAUUUAAAAAUACACACAAGAACACACACUGGUGAGAAGCCUUUUUCGUGUUCUGUUUGUGGUCAAAGAUUCAUUCGGAAGGGAACCUUAAAAAUACACACAAGAACACACACUGGUGAGAAGCCUUUUCCGUGCUCAAUUUGUGGUCAAAGAUUCUCUGACAAGACAAACUUAAAUAAACACACAAGAACCCACACUGGAGAGAAGCCUUUUGCCUGCUUAGUGUGCUGUAAAAGAUUCGCUGGGAAGGGAACCUUAAAAAUACACACAAGAACCCACACUGGAGAGAAGCCUUUUGCCUGCUCAGUUUGCUGUCAAAGCUUCACUCAGAAGGAAAGCUUAAAAAUACACACAAGAACACAUACUGGUGAGAAACCAUUUUCGUGCUCAAUUUGUGGUCAAAGAUUCUCUGACAAGGGAAACUUAAAAAAACACAAGAAUGCACACUGUUGAGAAACCUUAUUUCUGCUCAGCUUUUGAUCAAAGAUUCUCUUCUAAGUAUCAGGCAAAGACACACAACUGAGCUGGUGGCAAAAGCACUGAUCAAGAACCCUUUUGAUGUAAACGUAUAAAAGGAAAGUAAUGGACCUUUCCGGCUGGCGAUCUUCAGCUCCGCCCCCCUUAGCUACACUUGCAAUGCCCCACAGUCUUCCAAAAUGGUGACUGAAUAGAACAGGUUUGAAGAGGAUUCUCUAUUGCGUAUUCCCGGUAACACUGCGCUAUGUUUUUUGCCAAAUGGGCCAGACUUGUCCGAGAGGGUUCUACAAAGAGGUCUCAACUAUUUCACGCAAGGAUAUGUACAUGGAAUUAAGAUUUUGGACAGAGCAGGACGCAAUGUCAGAGUUAGAGCAAAAUGUUGGCAAUCGAUGCAAAAAAGUUUGAAGCCUCACAAACUUCAUAUUGAAAUCCAACAGGAUAAAAUUGUGGAAUCGUACUGCGCAUGUAAUUUAGGGUGUGUAUAUUUUACUUGGAAAGAUCAUGAGUAAUAGUAAUAUUAGUCUUUAUAAGUGAGUGGGUGUAUUCAUUUGACUUGGCUCGUAAUGGAACGCAGUUUUCUGUCUCAAAAGUCCGAUAUGAUACAAAUAGGCUAAUUGACAUUUCUCUUGCAUGACAUCGUCCAUUUACGAAUCACUAACCCGACUCUUCGGCAUAAAACAUUACAUACUUCAUUCAGCAGGUCAGUGAUACACUAACAAAGUGAAAGUUGUUCUCCUGCAAUGUAUAAAGCAUUGAUAUAAUUAAAUCAAACUCAGAGAAGAUACUUCUCCCUCACUUACCUUCGAAUAUGCAGCCUUGUGUUUGUUGAUAUUGUUCACAAUUAGUUGUAUGUGUGCUCUCCCGCGACCCUUAAUCCAUCGUAGACACUUCGUCAACUGUGCUUUAGGCUUUGGAAAAUGAAUCAACCGGGCCCGUUUAAGCUAGCCGGAUAUCUUUCAUCUGAAUUGCACGUUCCCCAAGCGCAUCUGAGGACCAUUUUGUUCGUAACAUUAACUUUUCAAAGCGCACGCGACCAAUAACCAGCAUUGCUUCUGGGACAUGACGACAAGAGGGGCGUGUCAAGCCAGGGGUUAAGACAAUGCGGCUAUUUGAUUGGCUAUUAUUGUACGAGUGAUUGACAGGUCGGAAAGGUCCAUUACUCUGUUUGACUGACUCUUCCUUGUAUUCUGUGUACCAACUUUUAUUGUAUCUAUCGUUGACCCAUAACAAAGGUCUCCUGUCCCCAAACGCCUACUUAUCCGAUUGAGUUUAUCUGAUUCGUAAAAUGGAGGCAUGGUGGCAAAGCUGUAGAGCGUUGGCAUCACACUUCUGAAGUCUGGCGUUCAAAUCCCGGACCCACCUGUGUGGAGUUUGCAUGUUCUCCCCAUGCCUAUGUGGGUUUCCCUGGCACUGUUUUCCUCUCACAUCCCCAAAACAUGCAUUAAUUGGAGAACCCUAAUUUCCCCUAGGUGUGAUUGUGAAUACGACUGUUGUCUUUCUCCAUGCGCCCUGCGAUUGGCUGGCAACCAGUUCAGGGUUGUACCCCGCCUCCUGUCCGUUGACAGCUGGGAUAGGCUCCAGUACUCCCCGUGACUCUCGUGUAGAUAAGCGGCACAGAAAAUGAAUGGAUGGAUGGAUAAGCUGCCUUGAGUAGAAAUGUCUGCAUAUAGUUUGGUGAUGACUGUUGACAGUUUUGUUACAUGAAGUCAGAUUUCUUGGGUGCGGCUUGUAAGGAACCGAUACUUACCCUGCAUGUGUUGUGAUUCCAAUCCAUAAAUUUGCAUUUUGUUGUUGAUUUUUUUUUAGCACAGUAAAUUUGUGAGGGAACAUAAUUUUGGGGUACUAACUCUUGUUCACGCUAUCCACGGAUAUGACAGUAAAGCAGCAUACAUUACCAAAAUGAACAAAGUGCCGUUUAGAAACUCAAGCAAGCUCCAUUUUUUUCCCUAAAAGUUUUAAAUUUGAAGGUGACGGGAUGCCACCUGAGAGCUAUGAUGUAUAAAAUGUGACUACAGUAAUUACUACCACUUCAUAGUACAACACAUUCCUUUUCCCUCUUCAGCUGUGCCAGUGCUUUUAAUGUUGGAUUUUGUUGAUGAAAAAGGAACAUUCAAAAGGGAAUUAGUUAUCAAUUGCUCCAAAAUGUAUUAUUUUCUUGAGUAUGCAUGUAUUUUGUCCAAUGUUUUAGUGAUGUCAAUCUCAAAUAAGCGAAGAAUUGGUUGAAAUAGACUGGAAAGAAACUGACUUUUGGUGGUAAAAUUGAUGUGAUCCUUAAUAAAAUAUGCUUGAAACGGUCAGGCUGACACCAUUUACUUCUACAUCAAAUCAAUUUUUCCCAUUAAAAGGAAUUAAAAUGUAUUUCUUCCAUUGGAAACCCUCCAAAAACAUAAUGCCCACACUUCUGAGCAAAACCAGGCCCAAGCUUCAAGGCUGAAGUGAAAAAAAUUCCAAAGAUAGCCACCGUAGAGGAUCACAAGCAGACACUGUCUUAGAUCCGCGAUCAGAUAGUGACGACAUGACGUGACAUUCUCCUCACUCUGAUGAAGAUGAUAAAAAGCAUGAAGACAAAUCCAUGGAAAUUGUCAUGCUCCUGGCUUCCUGCCCAGGCUGGGCGUGGCUAGCCAAUUAGUCAGCGCACCCCUGGACAUUGUCCCAGCUGAUGCCUCCCAGUAUAUAUAGGACCCGGGGGACGACUUGUCCUCCGCCAGAUCGUCGUCCUUGAUGCCUCGUUCCCGCACUCCUGUUUGCCUGACUUCUGCUCUCCGUGUACCGACCCACGCCUGUCCACUGACCACCCUCGUAAGCCUGCUGUACUAUUACUUCUGAUUGUUUGGACUGUAUGCCUGAUUCCAGACCUUGGGCCAAAUGAAGGUUUCCUCUGCACUGUCUGCUUGUCUCUUGAGUCGUGCAUUUGGGUCCACCCUCGAGCCCCGUUCGUGACACAAAUGUUCUCAUUGUGGGAAUACUCUUUUGCUUGUAAGAGCAAAUGACAUUUCCUGAGAAUAAUAAAGUCCCUAAAAUCCUUAAGGAUGACUGGCUAAUGAGGAAUCAUCUCAACAUGUCAUUGACUCAUACAAUAACAUUUAAUAUUGACUAUUUCAACUAUUUGUGUACUCACCUUCUGGUGAUGAAAAAUGUCACUCUACAUUUUCACUCAUGUGAUAAAAUAAAUAUUAACACAAUCAUUACAUUAUGUUGUGGAAGUUACCAAUACACUGUAUUUUUAUACUGUACUGUGAGAACUGUCCUGCAGUCAUUACGAGCAGACAUACAGCGUUGGCCUGAAGACAUCUGUGACAGAGAACUCAGACUAAAAGUCCUAACCAAGUCCCAGCAGCAAGGCAGUUGAUAGCCAAAAAGGCCUACCAGCUGUUGGAUAUCCAUGGCCAGACCUGGAAAAUGGCUGAAUGACAAAAGAACUCCUUUCAAAUGUGUUGCAUUAAUUGAAAUUUUCCCCCUUUAUAUUCCUUUUCGACUUUGUCAUUUUGAAACUAUUAGGGUUUUACAUUGGGAAACAAGCUUGGGUUGCAAUGAAAAAUUCUACAGAGGCCUUCUUAAAACUUAUCUACUUCUUUUUUGACGAAUGUGAUUACUUUUAAAACCUUUUGUUGUCAGUCUGUGUCGCACAUGUUUUGAUAAAAUGCUGCAAUCAAGUUUCCAACGAGUUAGGGGUUUUUCAGUCUGCCUCAUAAAAUUUCUUUGUACUGACAAUAAUGAAAUGACCAAUUGAUUGCUUUUAACUUUAUAUCUGGCUGGACACACAACUAUAAAUUAUUGCUAUAUAUAAAAACAGUAGGCGGCACGGGAGCACAGCUGAAAAGCAUUUUCCUCUCAGUUCUGAGGUUCCUGGUUCAAUCCUGGCCCCGCCUUUGUGGAGUUUGCAUGCUCUCCCCGUACCUGCAUGCGUUUUCUGGUCCAUUAAUAGGACAUGAAUAGACCUGGUCUGACAGUAGGCCUAUCAAAAGCUUUUGGUCGGAGGACAUUUAAUAAGUCACACAACGUAGUGGUUAUCUUGACAUUUCAGCGGCGGGCAAUGAGAUUCAAAUGUUCAUUUGGAUUUGCGAGUACCUUAACUCUUUCAGUGCCAUUGAUGACGAUCCACGUCCAAUCAGGCUGCAAACUGUGGCAUCGGUUACAUGACACUGCACUGCAGAUGCACAGCAGUUAGAGCUGACUCCAUUAUUCAGGUGAAAAAGUACCUGGAAGAACCGAAUAUCCACCGGCAUGAUGACCCCCUGCAAUAUUGGGAUGAGAAACAAAACCUUUAUCCAAAUGUGUUUUAAACUGCACUCGAGUACUUGUGCAUCCCUGCUUCAUCUGUUCUAUGUGUAUGUGUUUUUUCAAAGGCAAGGGAGAUUCUCUCCCACAAAAAAAAAACACUUAAGUCCAAGAGCAGUUGAAAAAAUUAUAUUUGUAAAUAAAAAUGAGAUAAAACUUUCA